AUGGGCGCUUUACUAUCACUUCCUUUGUUGGCUGUGCCAAGCAUGGGCACUGUGAUGGGUUUCGCUGCAAGUUGUUGUGGAGCAGCGACAUGUUCUGCCGUAUGCAGUGCUUGUGGGAAGUGUGGUAACAGUGUUGCCACUCGUAUCGCAUACGCCCUCAUCCUCUUGAUCAAUUCGAUAUUAUCAUGGAUAAUGCUAACGCCAUGGGCGAUUAAUAAAUUACAAGGCUUGACGUUGGAUUAUAUGAAGAUCAGUUGUCCAGAGGGAGAAUGUUAUGGCUGGGUUGCGGUUCACCGGAUUAAUUUCGCACUUGGAAUUUUCCAUCUCAUAAUGGCAUCAAUGCUACUAGGCGUCAACUCUUCGAAGAAUCCUCGAGCAGCUAUACAAAAUGGUUUCUGGGGCCCGAAAAUCAUCGCUUGGUUGGGCUUUAUCGUACUUACUUUCUUGAUUCCAGAUGGAUUUUUUUUGGUUUGGGGAAAUUAUAUUGCAUUCACUGGAUCGACACUGUUCCUCCUCCUCGGACUUAUUCUACUAGUAGAUCUUGCGCAUACUUGGGCGGAAUAUUGUCUUGAACAGAUUGAGGCUUAUGAUUCUCGAGCUUGGAGAGGCAUCUUGAUUGGAUCGACAUUGGGCAUGUAUGCAUGUUCGUUGGCGAUGACCAUCGUUCAAUACAUUUUCUUCGCUGGUGCUGGAUGUUCAAUGAACCAAACCGCUAUCACCCUCAACUUGAUCUUUUUAAUCAUUGUCUCUAUUGUUUCCGUCCACCCUAUGGUCCAAGAAUUCAACCCUAGAGCAGGUUUGGCGCAAUCAGCUAUGGUGGCUAUUUACUGCACAUACCUCACCAUGUCAGCAGUAUCUAUGGAGCCUGAUACCAAGCAUUGCAAUCCUCUUAUCCGAGCUCAAGGAACACGAACGACCUCCAUCAUCAUUGGUGCAAUCGUCACUAUGUUCACAGUUGCAUAUACAACAACCAGGGCUGCGACACAAGGAGUUGCUUUGGGAGGAAAAGGAAAAAGAAUCGCAUUACCCGAAGAUGAUGAGCAUGAUCUCGUUACACAACAGCCGGAUAGUCGCCGUGAAAUGCGCGCAGCAGCCCUUCGACAAGCUGUAGAGGAAGGAAGUCUUCCUGCAGAUGCUCUUUUAGACGAUGAUGACGAAAGCGAUAGUGGAAAUACUGCUAAAGAUGACGAAAGGAACUCUACACAAUACAGUUAUGCACUGUUCCACGUAAUUUUCUUCUUAGCAACCACCUGGGUAGCUACACUUCUCACCAUGAACAUGGAUGAAUAUACAGAUGGGAACACAAAUUUUGCACCUGUGGGAAGAACAUACUGGGCUUCGUGGGUUAAGAUCGUUAGUUCAUGGGUAUGCUACGGCAUCUAUACAUGGACCCUGAUCGCACCUGUGGUAUUGCCAGAUCGAUUCGAUUUUUAG